AUGAUGCCGGGCAGGACCCUGCGCAAGACCGCGCCGUCCGCCGCUCCUGCAGAGCGGGAGGCGGCGGCGGAGUGUGCCCUGCAGCUGCGCCGCAUCGGCGACAAGUGGAACCUGCGGCAGAAGAUCCUGAACCUCCUCACCAAGCUGUUCUGCCCAGAAACGUGAGCUCGCCUCGGACACGGACCGCUGAGAAGCGGGGAAGGGCCUGGGCUCGCUGUGGGUUUGGAACAAGAGACUUCGCUGACACUAAGGAGAUGGAGAAAGUUCUUUGCGUUGUACGUCGCUGCCUGUAGCUGCUGAAGGAUAGCUGUCGUGACGUGAUCCCUCUGAAAAAUGUUACAGCAAUAUUGGCUUAUGACUGCCAGGUGAAAAAAACAGAAGAGAGCUAUGGCCAGAGCCUCUCACUAUGUGGUCGGGAGACUUGGGGCAAGAUGGAACUUGCCUCUUCAAGCCUGGUCUUACAAGACUUCCAGGAACCUGGUUUUCCCAGUUGCCUUUUGGUCCUCAUGUCCCACAGCUACAUUUCACCAAGGAGCUCGGAACACCUUCAGGAAGAAGUCAAUACAAGUGUCAGUGUCUUGGAAUUUGGGAUCCCAUAUCACAAGGCAAAAGCUAGUUGCUUGUUUUUUGGCUGCUCCUGUUUUCUAAAGUAUGGGUUCUACUGGACAGGUAUCUGGUGGUGGGAUUAUUUCUUUUUGUUAAGUAAACCACUGUCUUUAUUGGAAAGUUAUUUGUUACAGGUUGUUGCUUUGUAGACUAAAAAUUACAGUUCUAUGAAUUACCACAAUGUUGCAUAGUUCUACUCUAUAUUAUACGUGUGUGUAUAUGCAUAUAUAUACACACAUGAUAUAAAAAUAUAAAGAAAAAUAGAAAUAGAAAUAUGUGUAUCUCCAUGUGUAUGAAAUUAGUAUUUUCACAGAACUAUUCGUUGAAUGCUACUUGUUAGGCUCAAAGAAUAGUAUGAAAAAAUGUUCAAAACUUUACAUAAAUAUGCAUUAUAUAAACUAGAAAAAAGCAAAAUGCUCUCUGAUAAUAGACAAAAUACUUCAUGCAAUACAGGGGGGAGCAUACUUUCAUCCAGCAUCAUAUAAUAUAUAUAUAUAUGAAUAUAUAUUGCAUAAAUACAGAUAUUGAGAUAUGUGUGAUAUUGAGAUGUGUGUGUUUGGUGGAAGAGUUCUUUCAAAACAACGAAGAAUUUAUUGAGAGCAGUACAAUACUGCUGUGUCUUUAUAAGUAACAAAAUAACUCUUCAAUAGAGGUAGAUCCAAAAGUUGAAUACAAGUUGAAUCUCAAGUUUUCUUCAGCAUGUUACUUACUCAAAGACAGCAACUACCUCUGUUUGAAGAAAUAAUAUCAAUAGAAUUGAAUGCUACAGUCAGUACAAGAAAAUAGCCUUUGAUUUCCGAAUGUUUAACUAUACUUACAGGUGAAGGUUCCGCUUGUACUCUAUUUCCAUUUAAUUUAAUUUAAUUUAAUUUCAUGGCAACUCCACUUCAGUUCCAGAAUUAUGAAGCUGCUGUAGCACAUCCAGUGGAUGGUGAUGCAUUGUGCUUGUCUAACUGAAGGUUUAUUACCCUUGGCUGGUUUUGGAGGACCUGUGUUAAGCAUGAUGAUUGCCAUCAAGGCAAACAGUAACUCUGCUAGUCAAUUCAUGUCAGACACAAUCCUAAACUGUGUUUUCUCAUGGUGCAAGACAGCAAGAAAAUGGCUGAAGCUGAUCAUGCCAUGUAGCUACUUCUUAGGUCAAUGGUCAUCGUUCACUCUAUUAACUCACCUUGUAUCAAAGUACAUUAGCAUGGUAUAGGGCUGUAUAGUUACACAUUCUGAAUUCUGGGUCUGCUCAAACUACAUUUAUUCCUGCCUUGUAGUGAAUUCUUGUUUGUAUUUAUCAUUAAUUUUUUGGUCAGCUCUUCUGAAUCUGCCUUUGCAAAAUUGUGAUUACAUAGCUCUGGUCACUGUCACAACCAGCUGUGUGUGGCUGUUACUUGUUGUCACCAUUUUCAUUAAGCAGAAGCUGACUGAUUUCGCCUGCUUUCCACAUAGAGAACUUCAUCUCAGUGAUGUUAAUGGGAGCUUUGCUAUUGGCUUGAGCCACAUGCAUUGCUCCCUCCUCCUUUAAGCAGCUAAUACCUCUUCAGAGAACAUGAUAUUUCAGGAGUAGCUAUUAUUUGUUUUAGUACUGCUAAGUAACAUGUUUUGCUGACAUGUACAGAGGUUGGAUUUUCAGGUAUAAAAAAGUAAAUGCAAAGAGUUUCUGUUCAGCUAAAUACCAGCUUGCAGGCCAGCACUGCAUGCAGCUCAGCAAAGCUGUGCAUCAGAGGCAGCCCCAACUUCAACUGAAGGGCUCCAGUUUGGGGGAGUCUUGGAGUCUUCAUCAAGGACACUAAACCUUGAUUGUGCCUGUCUGGGACUCUCAGAAAAAUUCAGCAUAAGCAUUCACAUUAGUAGAUUAAAUGUAUUUUAACGGAAGUGUUCUGUUCAGUGUAUGCUGCUUUGAAAUUCAAUACGAAGCAAGGUGGGGGCUUCAUAGAGCCCAGCCUUCAGGCUGUAGCACACGUCAGUGUUACCAAACAAAAUAAAUCACCAUAAAUGCAUUGUCAUGGGGAUAGCUGAGUUAUGUAUCAACACAGUAUUUUUCUGUAUAUAUAUGUAAAGACUGUUUGCUUUUCGUUGAAUGUUGUUAUGUUUCUCUGAGCAUUGUCAAGAGUGCUAGCAUUCACUGGCAGCUCAGGGAAGACCUAGAUCCAGGUGAUCAGUGCCAGUAUAUGAAUAAGCACUUGCUGAUGCCCUCCCUAGGAUUUUUGUUACUGCUGUGAAGUAUCUGCUAUAUGACUGUAUCAACAUGAGUUUGUUUUUCUUAAGGCCUGUUCUGAACACAGGUCAGAUGUUUUGCUGUAUGUCCCAUGCACGUACGUCUUGAAUUCUUGCCAAGAUAAUAAAUACAAAGUGUU